AUGGGAAUGAUCGUGGCCAAUGUCGGCGAGGACGACAGCUCCAGCGCCGGGGACAGCGACAGUUCCGGCAGUAGUGGCAGUAGUAGCGGCAAUAGCGGCUUAAUACGAAACCAUGGCGGCCAGGCGCCCACUCCGUCCGCUGCGGGCCGCACCAGAGACCAAGCCAAGCGUCGGCACAGCCAACAGGCCGCCGACGCGGCCGGCAAGCCCAAGCCUCGAGGCGAGGUCAAGACCGCCCGGAAGCUCAAGCUCCAACCGCUGACCACCAACCAGGACGCCAAGCCACUCAAGAAGAAGAGCGCUGCGAUGACGCGACAGUUCUCCGGCUACGGCACUCUCAAGUCGGCCAAGUCGGAGCCUCCGAGUGACGAGUCUAGCGCAACGUCGUGGAAGUCAAAUGUCGAGAAGUGGAGCUUGGACGCGCACCAGUUGCUGAGUCCGCGCGGUGGAGCGAGGAUCAAGAAGCAGUUCAACGGACCAAGUCGCAGCGCUGCAGCGCGUGCCAAGGCGACCUCGAAGAUAUCUGAGGAGUCUGGGGAUGACUCCGAGACGUCCACGAGCUCGUUCAGCUCGUCGUACAGCUCGGACAGCCCCGUGGCUGUUCCGAUCCGCUCGUCGUCUUUCUCGGCCGCGGAUCGGUGGGAGUCUCAGGUGCUGGUGAAGAAGGCGGCCAGCAAGGCGAAGAAGUCGCACACGGACAAGGAGGAGUUCCCACUGCUUCAGUCCUACGCGCGGGAUUCGGAGACCGACAUUGAGUCCGGUAUUCUCGAGGAACCUGAGACUGACGCUCACCCAGAGGUCAGGACGGAAGUCCGCAAGCUCUUCACGCUGGCGUACCCCGUUAUUUUCACGUAUGUGCUGGAGUUCUUCCCGGAAUUGGUCAGCAUGACGCUCGUGGGCCAUUUGGAUUCCCCUAUGACGAAGGAGUAUCUGGACGGUGUGGCCCUGUCGACCAUGGUCUUGAACCUUAGUGCCAUCGGUGUGGGCUUCGGCUUGGCGACAGCGAUGGACACGCUGUGCUCGCAGGCGUAUGGAGCUGGCAAACCGAAGAAGCUCGGUAUUUACCUUCAGAGUGGCUUGAUCGUGCUGGGCCUGGCGAUGAUUCCGGUCUUCGUCAUCAACUGGUACACUGAGGCGGUUCUUCUGAUGCUCGGCCAGCCCGCAGAAGUGGCGCAGUUUGCGGGUCGAUUCAGUCAGAUCCUGCUGCCUGGUGUCCCAGCCAUGUACGUCUACGAGCUGUUGAAGAAGGUAAUGCAAGCCCAGAAUGUGGUGCUGCCGAUGGUGUACAUUGCGGUGAUCAGCAACUUGGUGAACCUUGGGCUGGGCGUCUUCCUGACGUUCUACACGCCGCUGGGCUUCGAUGGUGCGGCGAUUGCGCGAUUGUUGUCCGAGCUUGCGCUUCCGUUGUGUUUGGUCCCGUUCUACCUGAGCAACCCGCAUAUCCCAGCCGAGUGGUGGCCGGGCUGGCAGCCGAAGGAAGCAGUAGAUCACCUGGGCAAGUUUCUGAUUCUUGGCGUGCCGGGAAUGCUCAUGAUGGAGCUCGAAUGGAUUUCGUUCGAGAUCAUGGCGGCUAUCGUCGGCUGGCUGCCCAACAGCGUCGUCGCUAUCAGCGUCCACUCGGUGCUUGUGAAUGUGUCAACAUUCGCGUUCAACUUCUUCCUGGGCAUCUCGGUGGCCGCCAACGUGCUCGUUGGCAACUACUUGGGCAGCAACAAGCCCCACCACGCCAAGCUGGCCUCGACGCUGGGCAUGUUGCUGUCUGUGUCUCUCUCGGCCGUCAUCGCUGUGAUCAUCAUCGCCACGCGCUACUUCAUCCCGGAAAUCUUCAUCAACGACGCCAUGUCCAUCGGACUGGCGGGUCAUGCACUGCUGUUCCUCAUGCCAUACCAGAUGUUAGACGCCAUCAACGCCGUCAUGCAAGGCGUCUUCCGCGGUACAGGACGCCUCGUGCUGGGCGCAUACAUCAACCUGUUUGCGUAUUUCGUGAUUGGCUUGCCCUUCGGCGUGUACUUAGCCUUCCGCAUGGAGCUGGGCGUCGAGGGGAUGUGGCUCGGUCUCACGGCCGGCAUCUUCUUCGGCUGCGUGGUGUCCUUCAUCAAGAUCUGCGAGACCAACUGGAAGAGCAUGGCCGACGCCGCGCGCGUGCGCACAAGCUAA